UGAAAUAUUAUCAAAUUUUCAUUCAGAUGCAGAGAACAUGCUAAAGCGUGCAGCUGAGGCGGUUGAAGCCAAAUUGAGAGACUCUAAAACUACAUAGAUGCUAGAAACAGUCGAUGAAUCCAUGACCGAAGCAUUAUAGCCUGUAAUUAUUCAGCAUAGGGAUUAUGAUCUUGAGGAUACCUCUCAAAAAUCUAAUACAAAGUCUUUAUUGUGCUCGCACUUUUGUUUUGAAGAUAGAAAUCACAAAUCUCCUUCAGUGGAGGAUUCAACAUUUUAUAGUCAACCUCAAGGAUGUUGUGUAUACUGGAAGGGAGUUACCUAGUUUAGAGAAGCUGUUUAGACUAGUUAAAUACAGCAGAUGUGUUGAUGAAGCUGUUCAGCAGAAGCUAAUUCAUUGUGUUUGUUUACAAUCUACAAACAGUGCAAAACUGAUUGAGAUAGAUUGGAAACAGCAUAAUAUAAUUGCAUCAAGUUACAUUAGGGAGAAAGGAGGUUUCAUCUUUGAAUGGUUUAGAGUGAACGAUAAUGGUAAUAACAAGGAGAAACUACAUUCUGAAGAGGAAGUAGGACCAUGCGAGGAUAAUGCUCAUGCUGAUCCUAAAGGUGUCAAACUUGUAUUCAUGUUUGGCAUUCCUUUCCAGUAA